UACAGCCAGGAAAGUGAGAGCCUUUUGGGCCACGUUCCAGACGGCUAGCUGCAAUUCGAAGUCACUUUUGGCCGCCUUCCUGGCUGUUUGCCCACCGUAGUCACAGGCUCCAGCAUCCCUUUGCCGCGCCGCCGAGGUCCUCCUCGUCGUUCCGCCAGCCUGCAGGGCUGUCUUCCGCAGCGCCUGAUCGCAGGCAGGGCGGUCUGGACUCCACUGCUUAACGAAAGUGGCGACGCAGGGACAUGCGAGGACCGGACGGCCAGAGGAGGAUGGCCAGGGCGCAGCCGACCGCUGGGCUCGGCAGGCGGCGGCCGGGACAGCACACGGCAGGGGGCGUGAGCUGCGAAGGGAGGUGCGCCGAGGGCUGGAGGCUGCGGCCACGGCCAUUGCUCUGGGCGUUCGUGCUGGCCGCGGCGCGCUGGCUGGUGCGGCCCAAGGAGAAGAGCGUGGCGGGCCAGGUGUGCCUCAUCACGGGCGCCGGCAGCGGCCUGGGCCGUCUCUUCGCGCUGGAGUUCGCCCGGCGCCGGGCGCUGCUGGUGCUCUGGGACAUCAACACGCAGAGCAACGAGGAGACGGCGGGCAUGGUGCGCCACAUCUACCGCGACCUGGAGGCGGCCGACGCCGCCGCGUUGCAAGCUGGGAAUGGUGAAGAAGAAAUCCUGCCCCACUGUAACUUGCAGGUUUUUACCUACACCUGUGAUGUGGGGAAGAGGGAGAAUGUCUACCUGACAGCUGAAAGGGUCCGCAAGGAGGUUGGCGAGGUCUCGGUCCUGGUCAAUAAUGCUGGUGUGGUCUCUGGGCAUCACCUUCUGGAAUGUCCUGAUGAGCUCAUUGAGAGAACCAUGAUGGUCAAUUGCCACGCACACUUCUGGACCACUAAGGCUUUUCUUCCUACGAUGCUGGAGAUUAAUCAUGGUCAUAUUGUGACAGUUGCAAGUUCCUUGGGAUUGUUCAGUACUGCUGGAGUUGAGGAUUACUGUGCCAGUAAAUUUGGAGUUGUGGGUUUUCACGAAUCCCUGAGCCAUGAGCUAAAGGCUGCUGAAAAGGAUGGAAUUAAAACAACCCUGGUUUGCCCUUACCUUGUAGACACUGGCAUGUUCAGAGGCUGCCGAAUCAGGAAAGAAAUUGAACCUUUUCUGCCACCUCUGAAGCCUGAUUACUGUGUGAAGCAGGCCAUGAAGGCUAUCCUCACCGACCAGCCCAUGAUCUGCACGCCCCGCCUCAUGUACAUCGUGACCUUCAUGAAGAGCAUCCUCCCUUUUGAAGCAGUUGUGUGCAUGUAUCGGUUCCUAGGAGCGGACAAGUGUAUGUACCCGUUUAUUGCUCAAAGAAAACAAGCCACAAACAAUAAUGAAGCAAAAAAUGGAAUCUAAUAGCCCUUUCGUAUGGAAUAUCAUUUCUAUUAGAAGACGAUCAAGAUGUUUCAGUUCAAUGCACAUCAGCAUUACUGACAUUCUCUGGAUUCUAAACUCAUGUUGACUUUUUUUUUUAAUCAACUUUUUAAAAAAAUAAAGUGUAAAUUAACUGACUAGUGUACUUGGAAAAUGUGAUCGGUAAAAGUGAGCUUAGGUUGUUGCCAACAGGGUCCUUUUUGACAGAACCCUAAAACUAGUUAAAUCUUCAGACAAGCACUGUGAGAUAUCUUCAGGCUAUCGUUAUUUUUCAAUGAGCAGAAAGUCUAGAAGUAAUAACUGCCGUGUAUUUCAUGUGUGUGAUUUUUCUGAAUUCCCAUAGUUUACUCAUUCCUACCAUUAAACUCUAGUCAGUUGACAUCCUUGCAACUUCAAGGACUGAUAGUGCUAUAUUUUUUCAAGUCUUCUAAGUUUCAGUUUUGCAAAGACUAUGGCUCUUUCAUGGUGUUUGUAUGUUCAGCUCUUUUAAAAAGGAAUUUUGGGGCCGGCCCGUGGCUCACUCGGGAGAGUGCGGUGCUAAUAACACCAAGGCCCCGGGUUCGGAUCCCAUAUACGGAUGGCCGGUUCGCUCACUGGGUGAGCGUGGUGCUGACCACACCAAGUCAAGGGUUAAGAUCCCCUUACCGGUCAUCUUUUAAAAAAAAAAAAAAAAAAAAAAAGGAAUUUUGAAAUCUCCAUCAGUUUGAAGUAAAUGAUGUGUGAGUGUUACAGUAAAAGUGAUCAGGUCUCUUUCUUAAGUCAUAAUGACUAAAGUAUUAGCCGAACUUUUAAUCUUAUUUCUUAAUUAAUUCAUUAAGUGGCUGGAGAUCUAGUUAUCCAAAUAAGAUCAUACAUUUUCUACCUAUGAAUUUUGCUGCAUACAGAAAGUGCCCUUUCCUCAGGAAGUUGCUGUGUUUUAUUUCUUCGGAUGGACUCUUAUCUAGAAUACAUAGCAGCUUUGCAAAGAAACAGUUUCUAAAAAUGGGAACUUCUACAUUUAAAAGUCCCCGUUUUUGUGCCAACUAUGAUUAGUGAGGGGGAAAAAUUUUAUUCUACGGAGUAUUAUGGAAGGGUGUAAAGAUUCUUUUGAAAGGUUUAUUCACAUUGUAGAACAGCAAAUGACAUUUUUACAGUAUUUUUUUGUAAAGCAAACUAUUUUGUGCCUUGAAUUUGGUAUAUGUGUAUUAGUGAAACAUUGUAAAAGUGAACUUCUACCUCUGUAUCUAAAUGUAUACCAUCCACUUGUAAAUUACUAUAAACUAUUAUGUGAUUGCUUUUUGCUUUUUUUUUUUUUAGAAUGUCUUGUUUAAUAGUGACCAAUGUUUAAGGCUAUUUAAAAUAAGCCAACUUUUACUAAUUAGGAAGUUUUAUAAAGGACUGAUUAAAUUUAAAGAAUUAACAUACAUACAACUGACUGUGUGAUUAUUAGUUAUAAGCAGUGUUGUAAGGGAAAUCAUUGUGUUCUUUUCCAUUCCAUAAUCUGCCUUAGUUAAAGAAAAAUGUUUGAAUGGGAUAGUGUUUGGGAACAGAUAUUAACAGCCUAAGGUGCCACACACUGAAAUUUUCAGUGUACCGUCUACCUAGAUUAGAUACUUUAUCAAGGGCUUGUUUAUAUUGAAAAUGAAAAAACAGAUAGAACCCCAUUACCUGUGUGUAGUUUUGCUGCCCCACGGAUCAAAUCUGCUCUGUAUCCACAUGUGGGAAGGGUCCUGGCUCCUGCUAAUGUUCCCAACACUGUUCUUAAGGAAGAGCUUCACUGUAUGUGGAAUUUCUCUUUAUAAUGAUAGCCAAACCUUGAGGCCAUUAUAAUCAUUGAGGGACUGGCAGCCUCUUGAUUUUUAAUUAUGGAUUUAAAUAAGUACUUUGAAGUAGUCUCAUAACAAUAUGAGGUGGGACACAUAACUGGCCAGCUCUUCAGAUGUUAUCCAGGUCUGCCUCCCAGCCAGCCUGGAGCACACACAAACCAUCCUAGAGCAAUCUAUUCUCAUUUAAUGACCCAUUUAUCAACCUCAAAACUAAGGAGAUUCUUUACGUCUAAUUUUAUUCUCAUGUGUUGUAAUUUAAACCUAUUUCUAUGUUCGUUUGUUAUUGCCUUUCUAAGGUUAUCCAUCUCCAAGUUCAAUAAACCUAAUUCAUUUAA